UGUUAUGGAUUGUAUUCGGAAUCAAAAAACCGCACCACGAUAUCAUAUUCAGACACUUUGUUUAAACUGUCGUUUGUAUUACAAACAGAAUGGCGCGAAACGCAGAAAAGGCUAUGACCACGCUUGCUCGCUGGAGAGCAGCUCAAAGCAACGAAGGGGCCAGAAAAGAACAAGAAAGGAGACCGUACCUAGCCUCCGAAUGCAGAGAUUUGCGGAAGGCAGAAAAGUGGAGAAUGCAAAUAAUCAGAGAAAUUGCAAAGAAAGUUGCACAGAUACAAAAUGCAGGUCUUGGGGAGUUUCGUAUUCGAGAUUUGAACGAUGAAAUUAAUAAGUUAUUGAGAGAGAAGCGGCAUUGGGAGGCUCAGAUAAAAGAACUAGGUGGUCCAGAUUAUUCCAGAGUAGGGCCACGUAUGUUAGAUCAUGAAGGUCGUGAGGUACCUGGAAAUCGUGGCUACAAGUAUUUUGGAGCAGCAAAGGAGUUACCAGGAGUCAGAGAAUUGUUUGAACAAGAACCACCACCUCCUCCGCGUAAAACACGCGCAGAAUUGAUGAAGGACAUAGACGCGGACUACUAUGGUUACAGAGACGACGACGAUGGAAUUUUAUUACCUUUGGAACAGAAAGCUGAACAAGAAGCAAGAGAAAAAGCGGUAGAGGAAUGGUUGGCGCAAAAUGAAAAGAAGUCGGAAGAGGAAGACGAAGAAAUUGAAACGACCGCGCAAAAAUCGAUACCCUCGCAGCAAGACAUACAGGAGGCUUUGCUUGCAAGAAAAAAGCAAGAACUAUUAGAGAAAUAUGUACUUUGACAGGUUUUAUUCCUUUUUCACUUUUUUUUUCUUUGCCUUCGAUAACAACUAUUUGUAAGUUUAUUUGUUUAAUUGUAUUAGAGUACACUUUUAUAAAACGCGACAGAUAUAAUAAUAAUUAUCAUUAUUAAUUUAUAAGUAAUAACAUUGAUUAAGGUAAUUAUUUUGUGCAGUAGACGUUCAAACUUCAAUUAAUACUUAUUCGAGAAAGAGUGCUGUAGAUAAAAUAUAGAUAAAAAUCCAACGGUA